AGCAAGAAAUUUGGAGAAAUUAAUAAAAUUCCCUGUCAAAAAUUAUUUAUUAGCAACUUUAGGAGAAAUGAAUAACAUCACAAAAUUUUCUGUACGAUAAAUGUUGGUAAAUAUUAUUGUGUCAUUAGCUCAAAUUGUAAACAACAGAAAAUAUCAUUUAAAAUAACAACAAAAUUGUACAACAUCGUCAUCAAUAUUAUUAUUAUUACUAUAGUAUUAUCGUCAUUGUCCAGAAGUUCGUGAGCUCAAAAACACACGACAGAGUCUAAAGGUUAUCGAAUUUUAAUCUUCAGAUAACAGAUGAAAAACUCUAAUAGGAAUGGAAAAAACGGAUCGAAUUACUAUUAAAAAAAAUAACGAGACGUUUGAAAAAAAUAAUUACAAAGGACGUGAUACAACUUCUCAAAUUCCAGUUAUUCCAGUGCCUAGAGCAAGAUAUCCAAGAAAUGAUAAAGAGAUGCGCGAUUAUAAGAGGCUAGAUACUGCCGAUAAUGGUGAUAAUGAUGAUGAGGAAGAAGAUGACAGGUCAAGUGAUCAUCUAGUGAACUCGGGAUUAAUUUGUGCCGCUUGUCAUGUCAGUGUCAGUUCCACGAAUCUCAGAGAUAAUAACAUCAAUUAUGAGCAAGCACUUGCUUGUUCACAUGGACAUUUUCUUUGUCAUCGAUGCGUGCAACGUUUCGCCAUUCGACCCGAUAUAGGCUGCCUAAUUUGUGCGACAGAAUCCCAAAAUUCGCCAUAUCCACAAAACAAUAAUUACGACGCAAGUUUGGAACCGAUUCAGAGUAAAUCUUCCAUGCUACAACAGAAACGACCAGAUGAGAUUUAUCCCUGCCAACGAAAUCGUUAUGCACCGAAUUUAUCAACCGGAAUCGGCAAAAUGCAAAACACUGUAAUCAACAAUGCAAAGACGAUAAACUCAAUUUUCGAAUAUGGAACAACAGAUCAUGGCGACACGAGGGAGGAUCGUUUAAUAUACGAGAGCAGAAUGCAACGAAAGAGCUAUUGCAAUCUAAUGAGACGCGACGAAUCGAGCCCAUCAAAUACCGAUCUAAAAAUUAAUUGUCACAUGAUUCAGGAAUGUUCACGACGACCGAUACGAUGUCCACGUCUUGAUUGUGCACGAACUGUUGCUCUCUCAGCUCUGACUCAUCAUUUUUUGUUCGAUCAUCCCGAGGUGCCUGUGUUUAGUGUCGAACCUGGCGUUAAAAAUACUCUAUUGGUCAGUUUUUCGUCUCUUACCUACGGCUCGUCGAGGUGUCUUGCACUGUUGCUCGUCUCUGGAAAAGUAUCGGGCGCUGCAGCGACACUAUUUAGUGGAAAUCAGCUUCAUCCGAAAUACAGAAAUCGUUUACCACUACCGGUACUGGCGGCUCGUUUGAAGAUCAUCGAUCAGCUGAAUUGUCAGGACGAGACAAAAGCUGGAGGUGAGGGUCCUUCCUGUGGCGAUAUCAUAAUAGCCUGGAUUGCCGGUCUCGAUUUAUCAGGCUCAUCCUCUGGAGCAUUACGCUGCAGUAUUCAAGCAGUCGAUGGUUUACAAUCGGAAGUAAUCCGAUCGUUAACGUACUGUGGACCAAUUAAUUCCCUCAGACGAGCUCAACGUCCACACGAUAUCUUUAUGGCCGGUGAUUGCGUUGUUCUUCAUGAGGGACUCGUCAAUCAACUUUCGUCUGGAUGCGACAAUUUCAUAGUCAACGUGAUUGUCCAUUGAAACGUCUAAAUUCCACAAAUAUUUCGUCUCCAAAGUUUCUGUUCUCAUUCGACUUGUCAUAGCUGGAGGACGGGCAUAGGCCUUGGGAAUGAAACCAUAUUUUCGUGUUUUCGGGGCAUACGCCCAAAGCCAACCAUCCACCGUUUGAUUACCGAGAUCAGCAUAAAUCCAAUCAGCACGUCUC